GGAGACUCCAGUCGCUUCCGCCGGGGGUGGGGCCGCCCCGUUGCUGAGGGAGAAGUAAAGAGCGCGCGAAGGGAGAGACCGACCGGCCGACUGAGCGGGCAGGCAGAGGGCGAGGCGGCGGCGACCAUCGACUCCGAUCCUGUCUUUCCUUUUCCCUUUCCCUUUCCCCUUCCUCCUCUCCUUCCUAGCUUCACCUCACCGCCGCCGCCGCCACCACUACCACCAUGGAGCUCAUUACGAUCUUGGAGAAGACGGUUUCCCCAGACUGCACCGAGCUUGAAGCGGCUCAGAAGUUCCUGGAACAGGCAGCCAUCGAGAACCUGCCUACUUUCCUUGUGGAACUGUCCAGAGUGCUGGCAAAUCCAGGAAACAGCCAAGUUGCAAGAGUUGCAGCUGGUUUACAGAUCAAGAACUCUCUAACAUCUAAAGAUCCUGAUGUAAAGACCCAACAUCAACAGAGAUGGCUUGCAAUCGAUGCCAAUGCUCGCAGAGAAGUCAAAAAUUAUGUUUUGCAAACCUUGGGUACAGAAACCUACAGGCCAAGCUCAGCAUCACAGUGCGUUGCUGGCAUCGCCUGUGCAGAGAUCCCUAUGAAUCAGUGGCCUGAACUUAUUCCUCAGCUAGUAGCCAAUGUUACAAAUCCGCAUAGCACAGAGCAUAUGAAAGAAUCAACAUUGGAAGCCAUUGGCUAUAUUUGUCAGGAUAUUGAUCCAGAACAGCUUCAGGAUAAAUCCAAUGAGAUUUUGACUGCCAUUAUCCAGGGCAUGAGGAAAGAAGAGCCAAGUAAUAAUGUGAAAUUAGCGGCUACAAAUGCACUCUUGAACUCUUUGGAAUUCACCAAAACAAACUUUGACAAAGAGUCUGAAAGGCACUUUAUCAUGCAAGUAGUCUGUGAAGCGACACAGUGUCCUGAUACAAGGGUGCGAGUAGCUGCCUUACAGAACUUGGUGAAGAUUAUGUCCCUUUAUUAUCAAUACAUGGAAACAUAUAUGGGCCCUGCACUUUUUGCUAUCACAAUUGAAGCCAUGAAAAGUGAUAUUGAUGAAGUGGCUCUGCAAGGUAUAGAGUUCUGGUCAAAUGUCUGUGAUGAAGAAAUGGACCUGGCUAUAGAAGCUUCAGAAGCAGCAGAACAAGGACGGCCCCCAGAGCAUACUAGUAAAUUCUAUGCCAAGGGUGCUCUCCAGUAUCUAGUCCCAAUUCUGACACAAACAUUGACUAAACAGGAUGAGAAUGACGACGAUGAUGAUUGGAACCCCUGUAAAGCAGCUGGGGUCUGCCUGAUGCUUCUGGCAACCUGUUGUGAGGAUGACAUUGUACCCCAUGUUUUGCCCUUCAUUAAAGAACACAUAAAAAAUAUUGACUGGCGAUAUCGAGAUGCUGCUGUUAUGGCAUUUGGGUGCAUUUUAGAAGGCCCAGAACCAAACCAGCUAAAACCUCUUGUCAUUCAGGCUAUGCCUACUCUUAUAGAGUUAAUGAAGGACCCCAGUGUUGUCGUCAGAGAUACAACCGCCUGGACUGUGGGUCGGAUCUGUGAGCUGUUACCUGAGGCAGCCAUAAAUGAUAUUUAUCUUACUCCAUUGCUGCAGUGCCUAAUUGAAGGUUUGAGUGCAGAGCCAAGGGUGGCCUCCAACGUAUGCUGGGCUUUCUCUAGUUUGGCAGAAGCUGCUUAUGAAGCUGCUGAUGUGGCUGAUGAUCAAGAAGAGCCUGCAACAUACUGUUUAUCCUCAUCCUUUGAAUUAAUUGUUCAGAAACUUUUAGAGACCACAGACAGGCCUGAUGGACAUCAGAAUAACUUAAGGAGUGCUGCAUAUGAAGCUCUCAUGGAAAUUGUGAAAAAUAGCGCCAAAGACUGUUAUCCUGCUGUUCAGAAGACAACUUUAGUUAUCAUGGAACGGCUGCAACAAGUGCUCCAAAUGGAGUCUCAUAUCCAGAGCACAAGUGACAGAAUCCAGUUUAAUGAUCUUCAGUCUUUACUUUGUGCUACAUUGCAGAAUGUCCUUCGUAAAGUCCAGCACCAGGAUGCUUUGCAGAUUUCAGAUGUGGUGAUGGCAUCUCUUCUGAGGAUGUUCCAAAGUACAGCAGGAUCAGGAGGCGUCCAGGAGGAUGCCCUCAUGGCUGUUAGUACUCUGGUAGAAGUGUUAGGAGGGGAGUUUCUCAAGUACAUGGAGGCCUUCAAACCUUUCCUGAAUAUUGGUUUAAAAAAUUAUGCUGAAUAUCAGGUCUGUUUAGCUGCAGUAGGCCUAGUGGGUGACCUUUGCCGGGCUUUGCAAUCCAAUAUUCUGCCCUUUUGUGAUGAGGUUAUGCAACUUCUUUUAGAAAACUUGGGGAAUGAAAAUGUACAUCGGUCUGUUAAGCCACAAAUUCUGUCAGUAUUUGGAGACAUUGCUCUUGCAAUUGGAGGAGAAUUUAAAAAGUACUUAGAAGUUGUAUUGAAUACUCUACAGCAAGCUUCUCAAGCCCAUGUUGAUAAGUCGGAUUAUGACAUGGUAGACUACCUGAAUGAAUUGCGAGAGACCUGUCUGGAAGCAUAUACAGGCAUCGUUCAAGGUCUGAAAGGAGAUCAAGAGAAUGUACAUCCGGAUGUGAUGCUGGUGCAGCCUAGAGUAGAAUUCAUCUUGUCUUUCAUUGACCAUAUUGCUGCAGAUGAAGAUCAUAGUGAUGGAGUUGUAGCCUGUGCAGCAGGACUGAUAGGGGAUUUGUGCACAGCAUUUGGGAAAGAUGUCCUCAAGAUGGUAGAAGCUAGGCCCCUGAUACACGAACUACUAACUGAAGGAAGGAGAUCAAAGACGAACAAAACAAAAACUCUUUCUACCUGGGCCACUAAAGAGUUGAGAAAACUGAAGAAUCAAGCUUGAUCUGUUACCAUUGGGAUGACACCUGAGACCCCCACUGGAAUUCUCCAAUCUAUUGAGGAAAAAACCCAACCCGAAGUGAGGAGUGUGCACGGAUGCUGAGUGUUUGGGAAUGAGAGGAUGAGUGAGUGAGAGGCUUAAACACACCACGGUGAAAAUCCAGCCACGGCAAUGGCAGAACCGCUGUUAAUGGAGCUAAUCACUGACUUGCGUAGCAGCAAAACCUUGUCAUCGCUUGCCUCCAGGAAGUAGAAAAUGAUUGAGUUCAAUAUUUCAGUGCAGUCUCUUCUGACAAGAGACAAGGACUAAUUCUGUGUCUUUUGGCCAGUGAAGAGGAAGAUUACUUAGUCUGAGAGAGAGAAAAGCUAGCUUCAGGUUCAAUUUGAGUACUCAUAAUAAGGUCUGGCUUUCGUUGCUAGAGAGGAGAAGGUGGGGUCCCCAGCCCAUGACCUUUUAACCUUUUUUGGGAUGGAGGAGAGUUUUUGCCACACAACGCUGUCAGUGCACGAGAAAAAUAGGAAGGGUGAAGGAUUUUAUUUCAAGAGUGAGUGUGUGUGAAUGAGGCAGUAUCUACAUUCUCAAUUGCAGUUAAUCUUUCCCAAAAGAAACACUGAAGAGAUUAGCAGUUGCAUUUCAUAAACUAACAAGUUCAGUCAACUUGAAGUGGCAGAAAAGUAAGAGAUUUGGAGGGGGGAGGGGGGAAGAGAAGUUGUCCCGUGUAGGGCUUCUUCAGGGAAUUUUAGCUGGGAUGUUCAAAGCUCCCGUCGUGACACUUUUUUCACAAUCUUGUUUCAUUAAAAAGCGCCUUUCCUUCCUGAA